CUUUGAAAACCCAGCAAACAAACACAACCUAGUUAAUGAUUUCCAUGACUUUUAAACCUUGUUCAUUUUCAUGGUACAUAAGAAUUUCUUAAGAGCUCAGAAUCUCUUGGUGUAUAUAACCAUAAUGUGCCCCUAACAUUUCACAAUCAAACCAAACCAAACCAAACCGAACUCAGAAGAGAUGCCGGGGUUUUGUUUUAGCCAGGCGGUGGCUCAUGUUAGAGCCCGCUCGCCUAUUCAACCAUACAAGAAGUCGGUCCAUCUAAUGGCGGGCGAUGACACAACCGAGUUUUCUAGCAAAAACAGCACGGAGAUGAGGUUCAACGGUAAGGAUCAGAGGCCAGAAGGUGAAUGUAGGGAUAAUAACAGAGUCAUGGUUGUGGUUGAUAUGAGCAUUGAAGCAAAAGGUGCUCUGCAAUGGGCACUCUCUCACACUGUUCACACCCAGGAUACCAUUAUUCUCCUCCUUGUAACCAAGCCCUUCAAACAAGGUGAAACCUCCUGCAACUGCGAACUCGAUCAAAGGGCAUACGAGCUUCUUUGCUCCAUGAAAAAUAUGUGCCAGACAAGGAGACCCGGGGUGCAAGUGGAGAUAGUAGUGCAAGAAGGGAAUGAGAAAGGAGCAGUAAUUGUUGAAGCAGCCAAGCAGCAGAAGGCUUCUUUGCUGGUGUUGGGGCAAAGGAAACGAACGGUGAUGUGGCGGGUGCGUACUAUGUGGUCGGGGAAAAGGGCUCAGAAGUCGAAGGUUGUGAGCUAUUGUAUUCAGAAUGCAGGCUGCAUGGCAAUUGCAGUGAGGAGGAAAAGCCGGAAACAUGGAGGGUACCUGAUCACCACUAAGCGUCACAAGGAUUUCUGGCUUUUGGCAUAGUGGAAGUGAUAACAAAGUGAAAGUUUGAGGUUAUUGUAACUCCAUUUUGUAGGGAAUAUAUAUAUAUAUAUAUAGUUUGUUUUCUCCAUUGAAAUUCCCCAAGCUCACACAUCUGGUGUCAAGGCAUCAGAGUUGCUGCACAAGAUAGAAGAACAGAGUUUUAUCAGUUUCUAUAACCAAAGAUUAAGCUAGUAGUGAGAAUACACAAUUGCUAUUUUAUAUUUA